AUGUCGAGCCACAUAAAGAACGUUCUCAUCCUCGGAGCAUCCGGCUCGGUCGGCGCACCCAUCCUCAACGCACUCCUCACCGAACCCUCCUUCAACGUCACCAUCGUCAGCCGCGCAUCAUCAUCAGCCUCUUUCCCGUCCGAUAUCCCAGUCAUCAAGAUCUCGGACGCCUUCACAACCGAAGAACUUACCGAAGCUUUCAGGGGACAGGAGGCAGUCGUAGUUGCACUUACCACUGGCUCUGUUAUCUCAGGCAAAAAGGAUGGUCUAGCGUUUCGACUCAUCGACGCUGCGCUCGCAGCAGACGUAAGACGCUUCAUCCCUAGCGAGUUUGGCGCGAACAACCUCGACCCCCGGGCUCGUGCACUUGUCCCUACCUACGACCGCAAGGGCGAGAUGUUGGAGUAUCUUAUGAAGGCAUGCGAAAACAGCCAAGGCAAGCUGACGUGGAGCAGCAUCUGUUGCGGAAGUUGGCUAGACUGGGCACUCGAUCCUGCAAAGUCCGGCAACUUCCUCAGUAUCGAUGUGAAAGGGAGGAAGGCAACAGUAUACGACUCUGGGACGAGGCGCUUCGCUAUCACAAGCAGCAAGAAUACAGGGCUGGCAGUUGCGAAAGCUUUACUUGACCCAGCCAUGACAGCGAACAAGCAGAUAUUCUUGUGUGACUUUUCGGCUAGCACGAGACAGAUUGUAAGCGCGCUAGAAGCGGAGACGAAGACCAGAUUUCUUGUUGAGGAGAAGCAGAGUAGUCCGGAUAUCAAAAGGUUUCGAGAUCAGUUCGAUGCUGGAGACCUGAGUGCAACAUUUCCUUUGCUAGCUAUCAGUUUCGGUGCUGACGUGGAUGUCGGGUAUGACUUCGAGGCUGAGCAAGAGGUAUGGAACAGGAAGCUGGAUCUACCUAAGGUGACUCUUGAGGAAAUAGUUCACGACGCUGUAGAGUUAGCGGCACGCUCUUAG